AGACUCUGGUGUUAACGCGCAAUUUCCAGACUUGGAGCCUGCAUAUCACAAAGAACUAAGCUGUCGUCCAAAAGAAGGAGCCGGAUUAUAAGAAGGGUAAUGGCAAAUUCCGAUACCCUAUUCCUGACUCCUGCACCAGUCAUCGCCCCUCUUUCGAAAGCGACAAUGCGCGCGGUAUGUAUGCUCUCAAGCUUCUGGAUCUCAUGUUCUGCGCAGCACCCACCACUCUAUACUCCAGUCACGCAACUUGCCGCCGCUAAAGAGCGAAGGAACACCUUGGCUUCCGUCCACCUUCUCCUUUCUGACACCCUUCUCAGGUGAAGAACCACCAUGCUGUUGAUCGGCGAACUCAGAAUACCACUGGGUUGGAAUGUCCGGCGUUGCCGAAGGUCCGGCAGAGCGGCAGCGUCCGUAAGUCCGGCCGUCCGGCCACGGUCUAGUAACGUUUCCAACGUUUUUCGCUGCGGCUGGGCCGUCUACUUAGUCUGAAGGCUACCCUACGCAUACCCAGCGCUUAGUAUACCAGAAUCCGAACGCAUUUAGCCCA